AUGACCAUCACCAAGCCCACCAAAAACGCAUGGCAGAAGAAGGGAUUAGGUGAGUAUUCCCUAAUAGCCAGUAUAGUAGGUAGUAGCUGGUCAUGUCCAAUUACACUUUGACUAUAUAACAUUUCAGGUGCUUUCAAGUACAUUGUUUAGAUUGGCUAACCACAGUGGCUGCUUUGCUUUGCAGAAGUACACUCUACAGCGGCCUUCUUGGACCUCUCCCUGACCUCUCAGUUCUCCAGAUAGAAGAGGCAUACAAGAACUUUGACUCUCUAUCCAAGCCAUUGAUCUGCAGCAUGGGGAUGUCUGCUGAAAAGCUUUUAGUCGACUCCCACUUUGGAAAGGUACAGGUGGGGAGCCUCCUGUCUUACCAGCAGCCUCCAAUCACAUCGCAACACAUAGUUCACCAUAAGGAGACACCACCAUUCCCUUCACUGCCCCUGGAUGGCUACAGACUGGAGAGCAACUUUCAAGGCUGCACAUUUGAGCUCAGUGAAGAAGACCAGCUUCACAUAGUCUCUUCAGGUGAGCUUCGCAACAGCCCAUAAAAUAGAGGAAGCUACUAGAGAACAGAGUGCUGUCUCCGACUGGCAGGUGCUCCGGAAACCAAGACUGAACUCGUCAUGGUUCCGAGAGUCUUGCCAUGUGAGAGGGCUGACAUCCGCAGGCAAUGUAGCUGAAAGGAUCCUCAAAGGCACAGCACCAACAGCUGACAUGAAGAGGGGACUGGAGUUGGAGAUGGAGAUGGAAGCAGCCAGUGGCCUCAUCAUACAUCCUGACGUCCCUUGGCUUGCCUCUUCUCCUGAUGGCCUGGUGUACAACCCUCUCGAGCAUCCACCUUUUGGCCUAGUUGAGAUUAAGAACCCGAACGUAAAGGGUUUUGUGGAUUGUAAGUACAUUCACAUGCACAACGGUGAACCUUCCCCAAAGAGGCAGCAUACAUCACUGGGUUGGAGU